CUGAAGAAGACAGAAAAAUGGGAUACCCACCCGUUAUUUUUCUCAGACAAAGUAACAUUCUUUUCAUAAGAACCUUCAUGAUCUUUUUCUUAAGCUGCAUGAUUCUAAAAUUGAAUCUCUGUUCUUCUGGUGUCCCUUCUUCAUUGAAAACCCUCUCCCUUGAUGGGCACUUCAGUUUUGAUGACAUUCACCAUGCAGCCAGAGACUUUGGCAACCGGUACCAGUUCUUUCCUCUGGCUGUCCUUUAUCCCAAGUCAGUUACUGAUAUUGCCACUACCAUAAAGCAUAUUUGGCAAAUGGGUCCUAGUUCAGAGCUCACGGUUGCAGCAAGAGGGCACGGUCACUCACUCGAAGGCCAGGCACAAGCUCACCGAGGAAUUGUUAUCAACAUGGAAUCACUCCACAGACCAGAAAUGCAGGUUUAUACUGGAAAGUUCCCUUAUGCGGAUGUCUCUGGUGGCGAGCUCUGGAUAAAUGUUCUGCAUGAAAGCCUGAGGUAUGGGUUAGCGCCAAAAUCUUGGACAGAUUACCUACAUCUAUCGGUUGGCGGAACUUUGUCCAAUGCAGGCGUUAGUGGGCAGGCAUUUCGGCAUGGCCCCCAGAUAAGCAAUGUCCACCAGCUGGAGGUUGUUACAGGAAAGGGGGAAGCGGUGAAGUGUUCAAAGGAACAGAAUGCAGACCUCUUUCACAGCGUUCUUGGAGGACUCGGUCAGUUUGGCAUAAUUACCAAAGCAAGAAUUUCACUGGAACCAGCACCUGAGAUGGUUAAAUGGAUCAGAGUGCUGUACUCGGAUUUCUCCACAUUUGUCAGAGACCAGGAGUACUUAAUAUCUGCAGAAAGAACAUUUGAUUACAUUGAAGGAUUUGUGAUUAUAAACAGAACUGGUCUCCUAAAUAACUGGAGAUCGUCCUUCAAUCCAAAAGACCCAGUUCAAGCCAGCCAAUUCAAAUCAGAUGGAAGAAGACUCUUCUGUCUUGAAUUGGCUAAGAACUUCAACCCAGAUAAAACUGAUACAAUAAACAAGGAGAUAGAGAGCUUAUUAUCUCAAUUAAACUAUAUUUCAUCGACUCUUUUCCUGUCAGAAGUUACCUAUGUAGAAUUCUUGGACAGAGUUCAUCUGUCUGAAGUUAAACUACGAUCAAAAGGGUUGUGGGAAGUUCCACACCCUUGGCUCAAUCUUUUCGUCCCCAAAAGCAAAAUACACAAUUUUGCUGAAGAAGUUUUUGGCAACAUUCUAACAGAUACAAGCAAUGGUCCUAUCCUCAUCUAUCCAGUUAACAAGUCAAAGUGGGACAACAAAACUUCAGUCGUUCUUCCAGAAGAAGACAUUUUCUACAUGGUGGCUUUCCUUUCCUCUGCGGUUCCUUCUUCCACAGGAACUGAUGGCUUAGAACACAUUUUAACGAAGAACAAAAGGAUUCUGGAUUUCUGUGAGACAGCCCACCUUGGGGUAAAGAUGUAUUUGCCACACUACAACACACAGGAAGAUUGGCAGGCUCACUUUGGCUUACAUUGGGAAAUCUUCAGACAGAGGAAAUUAGCUUAUGACCCUUUAGCGAUCCUUGCUCCUGGUCAGAGAAUCUUUCAAAAGGCAAUAUCCAGUUUAUGACACAGGCCAUAUUUUCAUUUCAAUAAAAAUGAAAAAUAGGCCCUUACAAUGGAUAUUGUAGGGAAACACACUAGUAGCAUAUGCUGUUGUCACAAUUUAAAAGGGAAAAAAAAGAAAAGAAAUAGCAUAUGCUGUAGAUUGAUAAUUAUUAAUUCAAUAUAUUUGGCAUCUUCACAGCAA